AUGGGUAGAAGGAACUUCACCAAUCUGCCUGACUUUAUCCUCCUGGGGCUGGUGGAUUCUGCAGAGACACAGCUGGGCCUCUUCCUGCUCUUCCUCUUCAUCUACCUGGUCACAGUGCUGGGGAACACAGCCAUGAUCCUAAUCAUUCGCCUGGACCCUCAGCUGCACACACCCAUGUACUUUUUCCUCACUCACUUGUCCUUUCUCGACAUCAGCUACUCCAGUGUCAUCACCCCAAAAACACUACAGAACUUAGUGUCUUCUGACAAGGGCAUCUCCUUCCUGGGCUGCUUCACCCAGAUGUCCUUUUUUGUUAUCCUCAUUGCUGCUGAAUGCUACCUUCUCUCCUGCAUGGCCUAUGAUCGCUAUGUAGCUAUCUGCAAUCCUCUCCACUAUCCAGUCAUUAUGUCCCCAAGACUGUGUCGGGCCCUGCUUGCUGGCUGCUACCUGAUUGGUUGUGUGGAUUCUACAGUCAAUGCAGUUUGCAUGAGCAGACUGCGUUUCUGCAACUCUAACGUCAUUCAUCACUUUUUCUGUGACUUAUCCCCGAUUUUAGCGCUGUCCUGCAGUGACACACAGGGCAUUGAAAUCAUGAUAUUCAUUCUUGCUGGUUCAAACCUCGUGCUGUCCCUCGUCACCAUCUCUGGAUCCUAUUUGUCCAUCCUCUCCACUAUCCUGAAAAUUCACUCCACUGCAGGAAAGCGAAAAGCCUUCUCCACCUGUGCCUCCCACCUCCUGGGCGUCACCGUCUUUUAUGGCACCAUGAUCUUUACUUACCUCAAGCCGAAGCAGUCCUACUCCCUGGGCAAGGAUCAGGUGGCCUCUGUGUUUUACACCAUUGUGAUCCCCAUGCUGAAUCCCCUCAUCUACAGCCUCAGGAACAGAGAGGUGAAGAGCGCUGCCCUGAGAGUCCUGCAGAAGGCAGAGGGCUCCAGGAAGUUGACAUAA